AUGCGUCUCGAUUUGAUUCUCUUCAUGGCAGCUACCACACAAUCUCGCUGUGUCGAGACACUGUCAACUCGGCCAACAUCAGUAUUUGGGAAACCGACAAAGUCUCAUGAACAUGCUUUUCUUGCCCAACGGUCUUUACGAGACGGCACGGAGGCGGAUGCAGAGGAUAGAAUGAACAAUGCAUUCCUUAAGCGUAUCUCUGGAUUUUUAGGCAUCAGUAAAUCGGAUGAUGAAGUACCUUUGUUAAGUGCUUCCAGACUUGAGGAAGAAGCUUUGGCAAAAACUAACGAUUUGGUUUCCAACUAUGAUCCGAAGCGCGGACAGAGUUUUAUGAACGACUAUAAGAAGAAAAUGAAAAGCAAGGGUGCGUCAGCUGCGAUUAAAAAAAUGGCAAAAGCUUAUUUGGAAAAGGGCAAUAAUUUUAACAGCGUGAGCGAUCUAGCUGUUAUCAGUAUGAUGGAUACUUCUGCGUCCAUGGUAGCGAAAAAGGUGUUGAAGGAGGUGACGGCACGUUGGGUUUCAGUUGAAAAGUUGGAUGAAAUAGGUUUAUUUAAUGCAUUCAAGCUUAACGACUCUGCGAGUAUUCGAUCCUUUGGGUUAAGGGAUACGGACAAAAGUUUGCUCAAUCAUCCACUGUUCCAAGAAUGGCUCGAAUUCGUGUUAAACAAGUACAAGCAAAAGCCCGACAAGAUUGCUGAAGUAAUGGAGGCGUCGUUUCGUAGCAUUGAUUUUGACGAUCUUUGGAAGAUGUGGACAGCUUUAAAAAAUUCGGGUGAAACGAGUAAUAAGGGCGUUUUCCAUGGAGCGGAGAGGGCCAUUGUCACGCAAAUGUCGCUUCAACCUGGAGGUUUGGCACCAAACCGUUGUUUUACCUUUUUGAACCUUGAUCAACUAGACAAAAACACCCUGUUACACACCGACCAAUUCCAUUUUUGGGAUGAGUGGUUUAAAAAGACCUCUCCGGAUUAUUCUGAUAAAUUGGUGCUAAAGAUAAUGGUGGAAAAUCGCGAGGGAGGGGAUUUCUCCGUCGCGGAACUGUUGCAACUGGCUCGAAGAGACGACAACACAAAGGACCGUGCAAGCGCAUUGCAAGAUUUACAGAUGAAGGAGUGGUUGAAAAAUCCCCCUGAGUAUUUUGAUGGAAAAACACCAACUGUGGACAGUGUUUACGAUUAUUUAAGCCAAAAGAAUGAUAUGAUCGCAAUACAGAUGUUUAAUGUGUGGAUCAAGUAUGCGCAAAUAGCAAUGAAAGAUGACAAGGAAAAUGCAUUCAAAGCAGCAGUAACUGCUUUAUGGAGUAAAAUGGGCGAGGAAGGCACUUUUGUUUUUCUAAAAAAAGCUUGCUCCAAUGAAGAGAGUGUAAAAAACGCAGACGAGCUAUUGAAAGCGGCAUUUCUAUUGUUGGGAGAGAACAAAAUUUUUCCGGGCGACGUUAUUUUAAAGCUACCGAUCGACACAACAAAUCCUAAGUUUUUCGAACGUCGUUGUCUUUCGGAGUUGGUUACUUAUUCUUAUUCUUUCUUUGCAAACCAUGACAACCCUCAAAAUCUGGCACAGAUUUUAGACGACAAGCUUCACACUGUUGCUGUGACAUCGCUGAUCAAUCAUUUGGGAGCGUCACAAACAGCACAAACGUUACGACGUUUACAAUUUGAACAUUGGCGCAGCUUAGAUCCGAUGAAUAUUUUUGGAGCGUUAAAACUCGGCAGUGACUCGCAAUUUAAAGUGAAGCUUUCGCCAUAUGAUAGUUUUGUACUUGGCCGAGCUCUCAACAAAAGAAAUAUAAAUGCUGAAAAUCUACAGGUUGACUACAGGCUACUGGAGAACGAAUUGCUAUACGUCUACAAGGACCUGAAUCUGACGCAAAAUCUUGCGGCAGAGUUACGGCGUGAGCUGAUUGAUCGUUUGAUUCGAAAGAAAGAAAAUAUUCCAUCAGUGAUGAAAAUGUUUGGGCUGAACGAUCAAGCUGAGAAGUACGUGAUAGAGAACCACCCUGACUUCAGUAUUAUUGCUGAUUUUGUAAUUGCGUACGUGGCCAAAGAAAAAACGGGCGAGAAGUUGAUGCGGGAGGAUGAGGUUGCAGCUUAUAUCAAGGAUUUAAAAUAA